AUGCAGACAACGUCCAACGCGACGCUCUUCCAAACCUCGCACUCGGAAGCGCUCGGCGCCUACCGAGCACGGAAAGCAGUUCUCACCUCGGGCCUUGUCUCCUCUGCCAGCAGCGCCGACGCGCGCGCACGGUACGGCCAUCCGAUCCACCUCAAUCCAUCCUUCGAGUCGGCGGUGGUGGCAAACGCGGCGGAUCUGGCGGUGGAAGGGUCGGGUGCGGACGGGGGGCGAUUUCGCGUGCUCUCGUUGCGGGUUGCCGAUGGGUGCGUGUGGACGAGUGAGGCGGGGGGUGUGGUGAGGCAGGUGGAGAUGAAGAGUGGAUGUACGGUGGCGGUGUAUAGGGGAGCAAAGGCGCCCGUUCCUUCUUUCGACUUCCUCGAUGCAGAGGGGGGGAGACUGUUGGUGACGGGAUCGUGGGAUCGGGCGAUAAGAGUGUAUCGCAUCCCCCAAGAGACGGGUCAGGCAGGGAGGAAUGUGGAUCCGAUAGUCGUGGUAGAGAAUGCCAUGGUGGACUUCAUCAAGGCCAUCCACGUCUUUGUCGCGGGGGCAAAGACCUACAUCGCAACCGCGGGGAGCGAUAAGAGCGUCAUGCUGUGGGACGCCACCCCCCUCCUCUCCCCUUCUGCGGGAACGCUCAAGUGCGUGCAUCAGUCGAAACAUCAUUCGCGACCGAUCAACGCGCUUGCCUCUCUCGUCGGAUUGGACGGCAUCACGCGGCUGUAUAGCGCGGACUCGAUGGGUCGCGUGCUCGAAUGCUCGCUCCACCCUUCCACUCAACGACUCGAGGUGCUGCGCGAGAUCACCGGCUUUUCGACGAGCGUCUACGAUCUCAAGGUGGGAUGGCGGCGGGAGGAGGUGGAGGGCGACACUGCCAGCUUGGGCUCGGAUGCCUUUGUGAGCGAGGUCAAGGAGGAUCUUGACGGAUCGCGAUAUCGUCUGGUCGCGGAACUGUGGGGUGCGAGUGGAGACAAGAGUGCGGCUGGCUAUCGACUCUCUCCCGCCCUUCAGCCGGUGGCGUCGGUCAAAGCGGGAGGUUCAACAUCAACACCCCUGCUCGGAACGCAAGAUGCGGUGACGACGCCCUAUGUCAAGGUGAUGCAUGAGGACUUUGUUAAGGCCGUGCUACCGCUCUCGCUCUACCUCCCGCCAGCGGCUCAAUUCGAGCAGUACGCGGGGGCAGUGGUGACAGGGGGAAGCGACGAGCAUGUCCGCGUGUACCCAUCACCGACCGCAUCCACCACGCUCUCCGCCGCACGGGAGGAAGGGGAGGUGCACGAAGUGGAAGCGCACUGGCACGAAAUCACCACUCUAGCCCUCUGGCUUCGCCCCCCUUCCACAUCGAAAUCCGAUCUGCCCCCAAUCCAAGGGGAAGCAGAAGCAUGGAUCGUAUCCGCCAGCCUCGACGGGUCGGUACGACGAUGGCCCCUGCACCAAGUGGCGUCUUUGCCAAAGCCAGAGAUGGUACGUCCCACGAUAGACGCAAAGACGCAUGGCGGGGAGGAGUGGGAUCAGAAUUCGCUCCCACCCGUUGCACCUAGGAAGAAGGGCGAGGAGGAGCCGCUAGGCGCACCCCAGAUGACAGCCGAGGAGGAGGCCGAGUUGGCCGAGUUGAUGGGUAGCGACGAGGAGUAA